AUGUUCGCCCAAAGACCCCCAUUCCGCUUGCUGGCCACAGGUGCCGUCAUCUCCCUCUUCGUCCUCUCAUUCCUCUUCUUCACCAACCAAUCGCGCGACUCGGCAUCUCGUUACAUUCUAAAGACUCAUCGGCUGGCCCAAUCGGAAUGUCCGACAUUUAUUCCCCCGCAAAACGGUAGUGACACUUGGGAGUUUAGAGUCGAGCGGGAUGGACAGAAUCAUGGGCUCUCGGAUGAGCAGUGUCGCAGCGCAUUUCCGAAGCUAUUUAUCGAGAUUGAUAAGUCUGCGAAUUUGAGACGUGGGUCUCAUGUUUCUUAUGAUGCUCUGAACUCGCGGAAGGUUGAGGAUGGCAUGGUGCGCGCGAUUAUCGAUCGCGGCCAGCUCUACAUCGUCGACUUUGGUGCAAUGCCCGUCACCGCAUCCCGUGCCCGCGCGACCCUCAACUCCCUCCAGCGCGCCCUAUCAGCCUUCCCAGACCACCGCCUCCUGCCCAGUAUCGAAUUCAUUUUCACAACAGAAGACUUCGCCCCCGACCCAACCGGCCAAGGCCCCAUCUGGUCGUACUCCAAGCGCGACGGUGACGACUCCGUCUGGAUUAUGCCCGACUUCGGAUACUGGGCCUGGCCUGAAGUGCAGAUCGGGCCGUACCACGAAGUGCGUCGUCGCAUUGCAGCUAUCGACCAGGGCGAAGUCGCACCCGAUGGGUCCUUCCUCCCGGGUAUUGCGUUCGAGGAUAAGAAGAAGCAGCUCGUUUGGCGGGGUAGUCUUGCUACGAACCCCGCUGUGCGUAGUAAACUGCUCAAGUCGGCUGUUGGGAAGAGCUGGGCUAGCGUGCGUGUUAUUGAUUGGGAUGAUGAGAACGAUAUUCGGUUUAAUCUUCUUCCUAUUGAAGAUCAUUGCCGAUAUAUGUUCCUUGCUCAUACUGAGGGACGCAGUUUCUCUGGUAGAGGGAAGUAUCUCCUCAACUGCCGCUCUGUCUUCAUCUCGCAUCCGCUUGUGUGGAAAGAGGCUCACCAUGCCGCGCUGGUAUCGUCUGGGCCUGAAGCAAACUAUAUCGAGGUGGAUCAGGAGUUUAAGGAUUUGUCGCGCAAGAUCGAUUACUUGAUCGAUAACCCGCAAGUCGCGGAGCGUAUUGCCGAUAAUGCGGUGCGCACUUUCCGGGAUCGGUAUCUUACUCCUGCUGCCGAGUCAUGUUACUGGCGUCAUUUAAUUAGGCAGUAUGCGUCGGUGUCUGACUUUGAGCCUGUUCUUUUCUCCGCGGGUCGUGAUGGGAAGCAAAAGGCUAGGGGCGUGCCUUUCGAGACGUGGUUACUUAUGCAUUGA